AUGGCGGACUCACUGCUGGACUUCUCCAAACCGUUCGACGUGCCGCUACUGGACGCCACCGUUCUGGCCUUCCAUGGCGCCACGAACGCGGAACAGAGGUCGGCAGCCGAGGCUGUCCUAAAGAAGCUUCAGGAGCACCCGGACUCCUGGUCGAAGGUGGACGCCAUCCUGGAGCACUCGCAGAACGACCAGACAAAGUUCUUCGCACUGCAGAUUUUGGAAUCCUUGGUGAAGUACCGAUGGGGCGCCGUGCCUGAGGAGCAGCGGGAGGGAAUCAAGAACUUCGUGUCAGCCGUCAUCAUCAAGCUGUGCAAGGACGACGCCACCUACCGGUCCCAAAAGAUGAUCAUGAGCAAGCUCAACCUCAUAUUGGUGCAGAUCCUGAAGCACGACUGGCCCCACCAGUGGCGCAGUUUCCUGCCUGAGCUUGUAGGUGCCUCGCGCACCAGUGAGACCCUGUGCGAGAACAGCAUGCACGUCCUCAGGAUGCUGUCGGAGGAGGUGUUUGACUUCUCGCGUGGGGAGUUGACACAAGCAAAGACCAAGGAGCUCAAGGCGUCUCUGAACAGCGAGUUCCGCCUGAUUCACGAGUUGUGCCACUUUGUGCUGGAGCGCUCGCAGAAGACAGAGCUGGUCAAGGCAACGCUGUCGGGGCUGCACGCCUAUCUGUCAUGGGUGCCACUGGGAUACGUGUUUGAGGGCAACCUGGUGCAGAUCCUGUUGCUGCUCUUCCCCCAGGCACCAUACAGGAGUGUGGCUCUGCAGUGUCUCACUGAGAUAGGGUCCCUGAACAUCAAGGACCUCGGCAGCCACUUUGAGACAUUGUACAAGGUCUUCCUGAGGCAGCUGCAGCCCAUCCUCCCACAGCACACCAACAUCGCCGAUGCAUACGAGAAGGGCUCAAACGAGGACCAGCAGUUUGUGCAGAACCUGGCGCUCUUCUUCACAGGAUUCUUCAGGUCACACCUUCCCCUGCUGGAGACCUCCCAGGAAAACAGGGAGGCACUGCUGACGGGCCUAAGGUACCUGCUCAACAUCUCCUACGUGGAGGACAUCGAGGUGUUCAAGUCCUGCCUGGAGUUUUGGAAUUUCUUUGUGUGCGAGGUGUACUCCUCCAGUGUGGCACACCAGGUUGGGCAGGUGGGCUUCAUGUAUGGCCACAGCGAGUCCAAGGACAGGGUGGAGAUGUAUGAGGAGGUGCUGUCACAGCUUAGGGCCCUCAUGUUGGUCAGGAUGGCAAAGCCGGAAGAGGUCAUAGUGUUCAGCGAUGAGGAUGGUAAUGCUGUCCGAGAACAGCUGAAGGACAGUGAUGUGCUGGCGCGGUACAAGACCAUGCGUGAGACCCUCGUGUACUUGAGCAACCUGGACCACACCGAUACUGAGAGUCAGAUGUUGGAGAAACUGCGGCAGCAGGUGUUGCAGGUUUUCAAGAUGAAGGAUGUGCAGGAACAUAAGCCUGCGGAGCUCCAGUGGAGUUCCCUGUGCACCCUGUGUUGGGCCAUCGGCUCCAUUAGCGGCACCAUGCAGGAGGACCAGGAGAGCAGGUUCCUCGUGAGCGUAAUACGGGACCUGCUGAACCUCACGGAGAUCACAAGGGGCAAGGAUAACAAGGCCAUUAUCGCAUCCAACAUAAUGUAUGUGGUUGGUCAGUACCCUCGGUUCCUUCGGGCCCACUGGAAGUUUCUGAAAACGGUCGUGAACAAACUGUUUGAGUUCAUGCAUGAGAGGCACCCUGGGGUGCAGGACAUGGCUUGCGACACCUUCCUGAAGAUAUGCAACAAGUGCAAGAGGCAGUUUGUGACUAAACAGGAGGGCGAGGGCAAGAAGUUCAUUGACGAGCUCUUGUGUUCCCUCACUGAAACUGUCUAUGUUUUGGAAAACCACCAAGUUCAUGCCUUCUAUGAGGCUGUGGGACUCAUGAUCAGUGCAGAGUGGGAUGGGAAGACCCAGGAGGCCUAUCUGGUGGCCCUCAUGCAGAUGCCCAAUGACACCUGGCGGGACAUCCUGGCAAAGGCCAGCCAGAGCCCUGCAGUGCUGAAGCAGUAUGAGGUGAUGAAGACAGCCCAAAAUGUGCUGCAGACCAACACGGCCGUGUGCUCAUCACUGGGCACGGCGUUCACACCGCAGAUGAAGUUAAUCUUCUCGGACAUGCUGAUGAUUUAUAAGGUGUACAGUGAGCUGAUAUCGUCAGCGAUCGCUAAUGGCGGCCCUUAUGAGGCGAAGUCCCACGUUGUGAAGUCCAUGAGGUCGGUGAAACGUGCAGCCUUGAAACUGAUUGAGACGUUUGUGGACAAGACGGAAGAUGCAGACACAUUUGCAAAGCAGAUGGUGCCUCACAUGCUCGACCCCAUUCUGGGAGACUACAACAGAAACGUCCCUGAUGCACGGGAUGCUGAGGUGCUGAGCCUCUUUGCUGCAAUCAUUGACAAGCUGCAGGGCCUGAUGGCGGGGGAGGUGCCAAGGAUCUUUGAGGCUGUGUUUGAGUGCACACUCACGAUGAUCACCAAGAACUUUGAGGACUACCCAGACCACCGCCUGAAGUUCUUCUCCCUCCUGCACUCCAUCACCAACCAUUGCUUCCCCUGCCUCUUUAACAUGUCCCCUGAGCAGGUCCAGCUUGUGAUGGACUCCAUCGUGUGGGCCUUCCGCCACACGGAGAGAAAUGUGGCAGACACGGGCCUGCAGCUGCUGCUGGACCUGCUGUACCGAUUCGGGGAGUCGGACUUUGCCACAGGAUUCCAUCAGCGUUACUAUUUCAAGCUGAUGCAGGAGGUGUUUGCCGUACUCACUGACACCUUCCACAAGCCCGGCUUCAAGCUGCACGCCCGCAUCCUGCAGCACCUCUUCUCCAUUGUGCUGAAAGGCGAUGUGAUCCGCUCUCCCCUAUGGGACGUGUCCAUGCCUGGGGGCGCUGCCGCGUACCCCAACAAUGCGGCAUACGCCAGGGAUGCUGUUACCAAGCUGCUGUGUGCGUCCUUCCCCAACAUGCACAAGCAACAAGUGGAGGCCUGCGUCACAGGCAUGUUUGAGUACACCGAUUUUACACAGUUCAAGCACCACUUGAGGGACUUCCUCGCCCAGACGAAGCAAUUUGCAUCACAAGACAACGCGGAGCUGUUCGCUGAGGAGGUGCAAGCUCAAAAGCAGGCCGAUCAGCAGCGACUGGCGUCGGUUCCUGGCAUGAUACCCCAGAGCGACAUGCAGGACAUGUGA